ACAUACUUGACACAUGUCAUUUUACAAUCGACGAAAUUGCUUACUUUUUGACGUUUUAAAAAAUAAUGUAAAAAAUUCAAACAUAUUAUGUCCAUUUCUACCAAAUAUUAGGUAUAUAUUUUUAUUUUAAGGAAUCUACCUUCAUUUUCGUAGUGAUUGUGAAAAAUUUGUCUUGGUCUUGUAUUAAAACAGACUUUAGCAAUGUCAGCUCGAUGGACGAACAAAAUGGCUAUUUUACAAGAUUUGGCUUACGCACAAGGAAGUGUAGUACCUGUUGAUAUUGAGAAUCCUUUAUCGUACGAUGAAAAACCACCAAGAGAAGUUUGGGAGGAAGAUACUGAAGAAGAAUUUUACAAGGAUUGCAUGGCUAAUGGGGACUUCAGCCAUGGACCUGAUAUUGGAAUGAUACAGGAACUUCUGGAAGUGGUUCGUAAUGCUAAUGUAAGUCCUGAUCUAGAAAAUAACAAUAGUGUUAUUGAAAUAAGUAAGCUGAAUAUAAAAUCGCAUGAACCUCUACCUGGUCCUUCUGGUGACCAUGAACCAGGACAAGAAAGCAGGCAAGAAACUCCCAAAAUAACACCUAAAAAGAAAAGAAAUAGAAACGCGGCAAUUGUGUCACUGAUUGAAACUUAUGGUGACCAAAAUUGUAUAGAACGAAAUGAGGUAGAAAGUAUAGACAAUAAAAACAUGAAAUUAUUAAAGCCAACUGAUUUUGUGCUGAAAAAUGAGGAAAUUACACAAGAUAAAGGGGCUUGGUUGCCAAGUAAUGAAAAUAGAUUAACAUCACUGGCCAAUAUGUUUAGAAAGAAGAUACCUACUUCUGAUAGUGCGUCUAUGUUUAAAAGGAAGAUUCAUACACCAGUUCAAAAUAAAACAGAAAAUGAUACUAGAACAGAAGUAUUUGUACCAUCCGCAAAAGCUAAUGAAUAUUAUGAAAAAUAUAUUGAGAGAAGUAAAGCAAAGCAGGCAAUGAAAGAAGAUAUUUGGACAAGGGCAAAGAGGAUAAUGAUGGAAAUUGAUGAAAAAAGAAAACGAGAAAAAGAGGAGCUUGUGUCGCCUAGCACGAAAUCUCCAGAAACUGUUAAUGAAUCAAAUUCAGAAUAGUGUUGGUAUUAAAUAAAUGAGCAUGUAACGGUAAAUGUGAUAAUAUAUUGUGAUGUUAAGGUAUUGAGUCAAAUGAGUUAUUAUUAAUUUGGACAGAGAAGCGGAGACAAGCCUAGACCAAAAAAAAAAAGGCUCACUAACAUUAUUUUUUUAUUAUUUUUUAUACUAGUAUAAUUUUAUAUUGUCUGUGAAUAUAUAAAAAAUUAAGUUUUAUGUCCAAAACUCAAAUACUUUGUCACUAAAUGUCCAGCUUCACAUAAAUAAUCUUAGAAGAUACUAGGUUUCCGCCCGUGGCUUCGCCCGCGCAGUCAAAGAAAAACCCGCAUAGUUCCCAUUACCGUGGGAUUUCCGGGAUUGCGUAAUUUUCCCGGGAUAAAAAGUAGCCUUUGUCCUUUCACAGGUAUCAAAAAUCUCUAUACGAAAUUUCAUGAAAAUUGGUUCUGUAGAUUAGGCGUGAUUGAGUUACAGACAGACAGACAGAGUCACUUUCGCAUUUAUAAUAUUAGUAGGAUUAAAUAUGUUCUACUAUUAUAUUUUAUACCUAAAUUUAUAUUUUAAACAAAUAUUCCUCAGCGUUUUUAUGUCUAACUAGCGGUCCGCCCUGGCUUUGCCCGUGGUACAUGUUUAGUGUUUCCGUUAUCUCUCCACAAGAACCAUCCUUGUACUUCAAGGAAUAUUAUAAAUAAUUAACGAAAUUGGUUCAUCUGUUCUCGAGUUAUGCGCUUAACAACACAUUUUGUGAUUCAUUUAAAUUAUAUCAUAGAAGAUUAUUGUACUAUGUAUAAGUAUUCCAAGAUAAGUAUGUAAUGUUGCAUUGUUUUUUCUAAGGAAUUUGAAUGAUAUUAUGUAUCACAUUCAAAACAGGUUAGAUGUAUUAAACCGAUUGAAAAUA